AGUGCCAGUGCUGUGCCUGCGCCUGGCAGGAGGCACCACCAGCCAGGACGUGAAGGGACAGAGUCACAAACGCCACGUUCUUGCAAGGGAAGUGUUGUUACACCCGCGAGCGCUCGCCGCACCAUACCCUCUCAUCACUGUAAUUUGCACGCGGCUGCAGCAGGACGACCGGCUCCGCUCCGGUCUCCGCAGCAUCUCCGGGCUCGCUCCCGGCCGAGACGGGAGCUCUCACCCCGGCUCUAAGGGCUGGUUUGCCGGCCCCCGUCUCUGCCGGGAGAGGGCGGGCGCCCCAUCCCUCUUCGCUGCUGGGUUGGGGGACGAGGCAAGGGCAGCCCCCCGGGCAGAGGCAGGGACAGGGAUGGGGCAGGCAGGAGCCGCCCCCGCGCGGGGCGGAGGGAGCGCUGGGCACUGGCUCCUCUCCCCACAUAUCCACCCGAGAGGUGGCCCCGACGCUGCCUGGAGCCGCAGCCUCUUCCCUUCGCUCCCGCCCUCCCUCUCUCCCUCCCCCGUCCCCACCUCUUCUCCAAAACCGCAGGAGCCGCUGCGGCCGCUCUUCACUCGCUCCGGUGCCAGCGGCGGAGCGGGGCGAGCGGACCUGAGCGCAGGCACGGCCCGCGGCGGGAGCAGCCCCGCAUCUUCCCCGCCGCCCCCCUGCCAUGGCCGGUGUCGCGGCCCAGCGCUGACGAUGCUGCUGGGCGCCCCGCGGCCGGGCGGCUGGGAUCGCAGCCGGGUGGGCGAGAGGCUGCAGGCGGCCCUCGCCGGCCUCCAGGAGCUCCAGGUGCUGCGGGAGAAGCAGCGGGAGCUGGUGCGGGCCGCCCUGGCCAUGCCGCAGCGGCCGGCGGCGGGCGGAGAACAGCAGCCCUCGUCCGCCCACAGCAAGGAGCACCGGCUGGAGGCCACCCUCUCCGCCCUGAAGGAGCAGCUGUCUCAUUUGAGGAGACAGGAUGUCGGCCUGAAAAGCCACCUGGAUCAGCUAGACCAGCGAAUAAGUGAGCUGAAAUUGGACGUCAGUAAGACCUCCAGUGAAUUCUUGGAUAGUGACAGCCGGCCCAGCUCAGGAUUCUAUGACCUGAGUGACGGUGGGUCUUGCUCACUCUCCAAUUCUUGCACCUCUGUGUACAGUGAGUCCAUCUCCUCCUCCCACACCAGUCUCUUGCCCAGCUCUCAAUACCCUAAAGCGAGGCUCAGUGUGUUUGAUUACCGGCCCAAGUCUGCAGAUGAAACUACUGUGCACACCACCAGCUUCCAACAGCAGGGAACCUAUGUCAGCGAUGGAUGUCGGAUUGCAGCUAGCAGAGAUGUUUCUGGGACUCCUGCCAGAUCCAGACCAAGGCCAGUUUCCACAGGUGACUUGGAAAGACUCAUUCCAGCAGACGCUAGAUUUCAAAAAGAAAUGGAUCCCAAGUCCAUGUUGCCUCUGUGCCAUAGUGGAGACAUGCACUUGCUCAGCAUGGACCCCAAAUUCCAGAACGACUUGGUCUCUAAGAAUGGCAUUGAUGUGUAUCCUUACCCAAGCCCCCUCCAUGCAGUGGCUUUACAAAGUCCCCUUUUCUCCCUGGUGGGAACAUCCCCAGAAUCAGACUUCCAAGCCCCUCCCAGCAAACCUUUGCCUAGUAUGACAGGUCCCAGCUUGAUCAAGACUAGGCCAACCACUGAGGCCAAGCCAGGGGGUUACAUCAAUAAAUUGCUGCAGCUGACGAGGUGCAAAGGGAGCAGUCGGGCUGAGGCCAGUGAGUGGGUUUCACCAAAGAGCCAGCCAGCCACAAUGCACCAGAGACUCAUUAUAACCCCCAGCACCGGUGGAGUGAAAAUUAACAGCAGCAGUAGCCAGCUGGAAAAACAGACGAGUUCUCUGGAAAGUAACAAAGCUGAAGGGAAGCUGUCAAGAGAGGUGCCAGAGGGGGAAUGUGCCAAGCAGCAGGAGACCAUGAGCUGUAUGAAUGAAGAGCAGUCAUCCACUCGGCCUGACACAGAGCCAUCAGCUGUGAAUAGUUGUUAUCCUGCCAAGUCAGCAGCAAGGGCCUCUUCUCUGGCAGAAGCAACAGAGAGCAGCAUGGAGCGCUGUUUGUCCUACUCACAGCUGUGUCAGGAGGACUCCAGCCCAGACACCUGGAAUGCUAAAGCUGUCCCACCCAAAAAACUGCCCAUCAAAAGGUGUGGUAAUGCCAAGUUGGCUUACGCUGGGGGUCAUGAACGAGUGGCACGAGCUGAGUUUGUUCAUGCUCAGUUUGUCCCGGCAGAAUCCCACCAAGUCCGGGUAAAGUUUGCCAGCUCCAAAACGAAGGCAGUGAAGAUAAAGAGGAGGAACAGCGAAAAAGUACUUCGGCCAGGGAAGCAGGCCUUCUGCAUGGAGAAGGUGAAAGGGUCUCAGGGGGCCACCAAGCUGCCUGCUGAGUGGAAUCAGCUCCAAAGACCACAAGGAAUGAAGAGCCUUGUGCGGAGACCUUCAUAUUCUGGUGACAUGGCUGGCAGGUCAUGCUCGGAGUCGAGUCUGUUCCCGGUGCAGGUCAGGCUCCCCACUGUGCCAUCCCGGCCAGAGCUCUACGGAGCCUCUGCCAAUGCACUGUAUUCCCUCGAGGCAGCUUGCGUAGACACAGCCAACAGGAAGAAGCAGCGCAAGUGGCAGUCCACAGUGGAGAUCUCUGCCAAGGCACACCCGGCCAGCCUGUCUCACAGCUUUGGCCUGGGAGCACCAAGGCAGCCGGCAAGGAGAGCCGGCGUCCUGCGCACUGUCAGCAUGAGGGCUCGCUCCAAGGGUCAGCACCACGGAGAUUAUGCCAAAAGCGAGUCAGACCACUCUGAGUACUCUGCAGAGUGCGCCUCCCUCUUUCACUCCACCAUCGCAGAGACCAGCGAAGGGGAGGCCAGCGACUUCACAACCAACCGAUUUGGGGACAGUGAGUCCAGUGAAAGCGAUUCGGAUGGCAGCAGUAACAGUAGUAGCCUUGCCCUUGACUAUGAUGAGGAGGAUGAAAGUGAGCUGAUUUGGCCUGAAGGUUCAGUCAGACAAUCGGUGACUGUCCAGUCCUCUUCCAAGCCUCUUCCUCCAGUGCCCAAAAUCUGUCGCAUCAAAGCUUCAAAGGCACUAAAGAAGAAGAUAAGGAGGUUCCAACCUGCCUCUCUGAAGGUCAUGACCAUGGUUUAAGGGAGAGCAAGCAUCUAUUUCUUACAGUGAGACAUCCUGUUGUCUCUCAUCUGCAAAACUAGUGGACUCAUGCAGAGAAAAGGACUUUCUUAAAGGAGCUGUGAAUAAUCCCUGAGUCUACACAAGGGAUCUUGUUCGUUAAUGCCUGGACAUAAAUGUCACUGUAUCUAAUUCCCUCUUUUGCCAUUUAUUCUGUAAAUAUGAAUCUCUGUGUAUAUUAUGUGAUGACUUUUUUAAUUAUCCAGAAGGGUCACCAUGGUGAAAAUGAAAACAACCUCUGCCAUAAGAUUUUACAGGCAGGCCCUUGGUGGUUUUUUUAACCAUAUGCACCCACAGAAUCAGUCCAGAUGCAAAGAUUUGCUACGGAGAAAGUGUGCUUCCCUCUUGUGAGGAAUUCUUUACAGUCUGAAACCUGUAUUAACCAUCUAGCUGUUACUGUGGUCAUAUGGAAAAGCUCUGUUCUGCAUAGUUUUACUUUCUUUCAGAUCAACCAUCCCAUACCUUCUCCCAAACAUCAGGAGGUUGAGUCUGUUCUCCAUAAAAACAUAGUAUGUUUAAUCAAGAAGGCAAGUGUAUUUGUGAAUGAGAACAAGACUUCAGUUUGCUUCCUUUUUUCAAAACAGUAUAGGGUUGUUUUUUCAAUCCCCCUCUUUAUGAUGUUCCAUGUGAUUGUUCAUUUGUUCAAUGGAUGAAAGAACAGGAGGGCGACGUGCCACAGUGUGUGAUUAACUGGGACUGAGAUUAUAGCUUUGCCCCUGAAAUUGCAAACUCAAUAAAUACUAUUUAAUGUACUUCUGAAAA